UAUACGCUACGAUAAAUGCAUAAAACACAUGGAUGGAUCAUCUUUGUCGAAUCCAAACCGUGUAAGAAUCUUGUAAUCUGCAGAGGAAGAAGCAUUAUCCGAUUCAUUUCUCUGUUGUCCACCAGGUGCAGAGAUCGAUGCAGAGAGUGGUUCUUGGUCUCUAACUGAAUGUGCUAGCGACAGAGGCUAGUAUAUAGCAUCGAUGGUUCAGGAUCAUUUCCAUCAGGCCAAAAACAACAAAAAUGCAAAGCUCCGGUUGCUUGCCUCCGCUCCUAUUCAUGGCUCUGCCCUCCUCCGGUGUGAAUUUGCAGCCUCUCAACGAUCGUCGGAGGCUAAAAAUGGAGUUGGGCCGUGCCCUAUUUGUGCACACCCCCCGGAAGACGGCAGGCCAGCCGAGCCUCCUUGACAUUUAGUGGCAUGUCAAGGCGGCAUUGCUCCCAAUUCUCGCCCGCCUAAGCCGCCUAGCUCGCCGUUCGCCGCCGCACGCAGCAUGAUGAAGGGGGCCGCUGCCAUGAGCACGAUGAAGCCGCCGUCGUCGCCCAUGUUCUACGUCCACGAGGCGGACGCCCACGGCCACUACUUCCUCGAGGAGUGCUCCCUCUGCGGAAAGUCCCUCUCCGGCGACAUCUUCAUGUACAGGGGUGACACGCCGUUCUGCAGCGAGGAGUGCAGGCAGCAGCAGAUCGAGGUGGACAGGGCCAGGCACCGGCGGAAGAAGCACGCGGCGGCGCACGCGGUGUCCGCGGCGAGGAAGGAGCAUCAGCACCGGCACCACCACCACCAUCACCACCACCAUCACCGGCAGCACCAGCAGCCGCAGCCGCAGCCGCAGCCGCAGCCGCGGAGGGCCGUGGUGGGCGCCGGCGCCACCCCGUGGACCGACGCCGGGUUCGCCGCGAGGAGCCCCGCGUUGCGCGUGUGACCCUCCGAUCGAACCUCAGCCUGAGACACGUACGUACAGGACGACGGGGAUAUACGUACGUACACGGGUUUAGGGUGUAUCGAGGAGGAUCUGGACGAUCGAGAUGGAUCCUCUUCCGCGGGUGUGGCUGGACAUGGAGGUUUUAUUUUCACAAAAAUAGUGUGUUUCCGAUCGUGGUUAGAACUUUAGAGCCACGAGACUGUGAGCCAUGUAUGUAUGGAUGCACGGGUCCGUCUCCAAUUUUCUCGCCCCAGAUUAACUUGGCUGUUUGUUCUGCUUUUGAGGAAUGGGAUUGAUUUCUCGUACCAAACGUUCUAGAUGUAAAUCUUGCUGUUACUUUGAUCAAUAUAUGUGUUUUCUUGUA